UUGAUCCCUAGUUAGUCCGUAAUGUUAAAUUUCAGUUGUGCCUGAACCUGGCACGGGCUUGUGAUUAUCGAUCAAGAAUGUGCAAAAUUCAAUCUCUACACUCUAAUACAUUACGUUUGUGAUUUUAGAGUACCAGACUAAAGCAGUGGUUCUCAAUUCGGGUAUUUUAAGACGGACAUAAAGACGCCAUUCUCCUCUGAAGCACAUCCGUUUUGAUCUUUUCCUGAUCUUUUACUGAGUAACAAACUGUAACGAACAGACUUCGCAAUUGAAAUUCGAUAAAACACGAUCGAUUGAAGACUUUAAGUUAUAGCCAACGCUAUUCAUUGACGUUGUGAGAUGGAGAGCCAAACAGAACUGCAGUCGAUGAAGUUUCAAGAGUUACUGACUAAAAUUGGACGCAAAAUCCGAGCACACGAUGUUGAAAUCUUUAUAAAUAAACUAAAAGUAACAGAAAGGCUUCCUCCUUCGUUGUUGGAUGAUAUUGACAUCCGUGGAAAGAAUUCAGGCCUGGAGUUUCUUAAAAAGCUACAAAAAGAAGGAUAUCUGGCUAAAGAUAAUUUAGAUUUUUUAAAAGAGCUACUUCUGGAUAUCGAAAGACAAGAUUUACUCCAAGAAUUGCUCAAAUUUGAAAAGAAAAUAAAGACUUCCUCUGAUGUAGAAGGUGCGGUUGCCCGGGAAACAGAAGGUUAUAAUAUUCCUCCUCCUAUUCUCGAUAUGAUUACACCUGGUCGUCCUCCAUACCGUGAUCCUCGUCGUCCUCCUACUCCACCUAGUCCUCUUUACCCUCCUCCAGAAUCACAAAUUGUCAAAAUAAAUGUUGAAGGAGGUUUCCAUGAUCUUUCUUCGUUUGGUGUUCUACUCCAAGUCCCACCAAAUGCUGUCACCCAUCCUACAGAAAUGAUAUGUAGAAAAAUUUACCCAGACCUCCUUCUUUGUGCAACAGAAGAAAAUGAAACACUAGUUAGUUUUUGUGUUGAAUUUGAAUCAACUUCUCUAGUCCAACUACAAAACCCCAUAAUUGUCACACUGGCGCAUUCUGGUCCAAGCAAGAAGGAAGGAUACGAAACGAUAGUGAAGGAACUUCGGGAUUCAUGGAAAAAAUGGAAACAAAUAAAAGAAAUACAAGAAGACUACCCGCUUGCACAUGAACACCUUAAUUCAGCGUACAUUUGUUUAGAAAUCAUGAUCGGAGAGCGCAAAGCUCUUGCAGUUGUUACCAGACUCAUCACAGAUACCUUUGAAGUCACAGACAAAGGAUGCGUCGUAAGGUCAUCUGUAUGUGAGGAUGUGACAUUGGAGUUUCCUGAAGGAGCUGUUGAUGAGUCAUCCAUGGGAUCCUUAAAGUUAUUGUUGAUGCCAGAUCACAUUGACAUUCUUGAUGGCAUGGCUGCAUAUCCUUGUCCAAUUAUUUUAAUCGAUGGCUUUGAAGGUGUUAAUUUUGCAACUCCCGUAAAGAUUAAAUUACCACACCCGUAUCCCGAGGGAUAUCCGACUGGAAAUGUUCGUCUCCUGACUAAGGACGCUGCGCACGAGUGGAAGGAUAUCACAAAUGAAGUCCCUUGUGUUGAAACAGAAUCAUUCAUUGAACUGCAAGUGAGCCACUUUUCGUGGUUGUGGGCCUGGACAUAUGAAAUACCCUUAACAGUGGCAUCUUCGUUUUCUCGGGCAAGGCUACACACAACUUGCGUCCUCUACAGGAAACAAGAAAAUGCGACCAGAUGACAAAGCCUAUCCAAGAGUAGAAGGAUGCUACAAGAAGAAAAUAAACGAAGACAUUUUUCUUCGGUUCAUCGAAAACGACAUUUGCAGAAAAGAGCUACCUCUGGUCAAAAAAAGCGAUAGCGAUACUAGUACAGAACUUGUCAUUUCCUUCCUGGAAAAGAAAGAUGGUGAUUCUAACGAUAAUUUGUGCACAUUUUGCAUCGAUCUUUUCAAGAAACAAUCUUCCAUUGAGGUAAGCUUAAGAGUUAUUUACUGAAAUGUAAUAAAUUUCAUGUCCCAGCGUUCAGCAUAUAUAAAAUUCAAGUCGUUUGGGGUUAAGAUGCAUUUAUGAUUUUUUUUUAAAUUAUUUAAAAAAUUUUUUU